AUGGCUGCGCUGUCUACCAAGAGCCUCACCAACAGCUUUGGUUGGACGUCAGCAGAUACGUUCGAACAGCAGGAUGUACAAGAGUUCUUUCAUGUCCUGUUGAACACCAUGGAGGAAGAUGAGCGGCAGAAUACAAACCUGUCAUCUCGUGAAGGUGCCUGGAUCAAGUUGCACGACUUGUUUCAAGGGGAGGUUGUCAACUUUGUGAGGUGUGAGGAGAUCGGGUAUGAAUCGAAGACAAGCUCGUCCUUUGUUGACAUCUCUCUCAAUCUCAACGGCAACUCGAACAUCUUUGAUGCUUUGAAGCAGUAUCACGAGGUGGUGCAUCUCACAGGAGAUAACAGAUUGAAAUGCGAAGACGGAGUUCUUCGUGAUGCAGAAUUCUUCACAGUGAAAGGAAGUUUUUUCUCUCAACUGCCACAAGUUCUUCUUCUGCACCUUCAGAGGUUUGUUUGGGAUUGGGAGACGGACACUCGAAUCAAGGGUGGCCACUACUUCGCCUAUAUCCGCGUUAAGGAUGGCUGGUUCGAGUUCAACGACGCUGAUAUCAAAGAGGUCUCUCAACAGACAGUCCUCAGCACGUGUGGCUGUGAUGCAGGAGUUGGAGCUGUGAAGAGGCUGAAGGCAGCAACGGCGUACAUGUUGGUAUACGGCAGAGAAGAUGCCAGGGAUGAGAAUGAUGUAAAAGUACCGGAGAUGGUGAGAGAACGGAUCGACCUUGAGAACUCCAAGCUGAAAGAGGCGAAACUUGCUGAGGAAGAAAAGAAAAACACAGUAUUCUGCACGGUCAGGGGCAAGGUGAAAGGAAUAGACAUCGAUCGAAAAGUGCAGUUGUCGAAGAAAAUGUCACUUAGAACAACCUCCACGACGAUAGCAAGAGAUGUUCUUGCAGACACAGCAAACAUCUUUGACAAUAUGGAGAGUCUCCAAGAGACUGUCAGGCUGAGGCGAUGGGACGAGGCUGCUCUAGUCCCCCAGCUUCAUAUCCCGUGGACGUUCGACGAGUCUGACGACCUUGCUAACAAGGCUCUGAUGGAGAUGAUGGAAGGAGGUGCAAACGUAGAAUUUUUCCUUGAAGAGAAGCCUGCAAACGCAGAGUUUCCACCUAUCUCUCUUCCUCCCCGUGGCCUGACAAUCAGGGUCUGCAAGUUGCAGGAAACCACCAAACAGCCAUCUGAAUCAGUCUUUCUCUCCAUAGACAAGGAGUCGUCUUGCCUGCAGCUGGCCAACGAUGUUGAGGCGUUCGUCGGAGUGCCAACAGCGAGUCAAGAAUGGCUGGUUGUAGCCGACGACAAUGUUGUGCAGUCGUUCCCCUCGGCGCUGGCAGACAAGACAUUGCGAGAUAUCAACGUGGUACAUGGAACUACCAUCUACCUCGGACAAACCGACAGUCAUCUGCAGGGCAACCAGCACAAACAAAUGGUAGAAGACAUGUUCUUCACAACAUCAGUCAAAGUACAAUGGGAAAACGGUGUUGGAGCCACCGAAGAAACAAUCUUUGCUCUAGAUGUAAGAUGGACAGUGAAGCAGCUGAAGGAACAACUGUCGGCGAGGAUUGAGAAAUCGCAGCAAAGCUUUCACCUCUUGCUGCCAGACGGGAAGGCUCUCGCAGAGGAAGAGAAGAAACUUAAGGAUUGCGAAAUCUCAGCGGGAGAAGCGCUAAGGGUUGUCGACGGAACCUCCAGCGUUUGCAACCACAUCCGUUUCGAAGUGUUUCAGAUGUCUCUUUCCGACUGCUCGCAAGCUUACAAGGGACUUGUCGACUUCCCUCGAUCUGCUCAGACCUCCUCCUUAAGAGACAAGGUAGCCCACAUGCUCAACAUCCCGACGGCACAAGUGUGCAUGCGCAGGGACACUGGUGGGUCGCUCAGCUCGAUACUCCUUGACGAGCACAAGCUCGAACGUCUGCCAGCGAGCAACCGUCUGAUCGUGCAUGUGCAGGAGGAGAAGUUGAGUGAAGACAAGUCGACUGAUGUGUUGUUCGUGUAUGUAAGGAGACUGGAGACGGACGCAGGAGACCAUGGAAGUGACGGCAGCAAGGCAUGGAAAGGUCGCCUCAGUCCCUGCUGCCAUGUCCCUAUCCACAAGAGCUGGAGCAUCGAGCAAGCUGCCGCGAGACUCGUUCAAGUCUUCUCUCUGUCUUGUCCUCCCCGCGACCUCGCCAUCAUCCGAGUGCCUUGGGGUACUCCCAUGGACGCUCUUUCCGUCGCCAAGCUCGCUUGGCGCGCGUCCGAGGGACAGGUCUUGGACAUGGCCGCUGGGGUAGGAGAGAACAUUCGAGAAGGUUCUCUGCUGUUUAUCCGGGAUCCCAAGGAAUGGCUGCCGGCCUUGAGUCAACAGGACACGAAGGAAAGAGGAGUAUCGAUCGCCAAGUUGAACCAACAGCCACCCAUCUCUCCCCCCCCUCCCCCUCCUCCUCCCCCUUAG